UGUUAUGAAACCUCAUUGGCUGUUCGGCCACACGCCUGCUAUCAACCUGAAAGAACACAACAAACGACAAGGUUCUCCAUGUGUGUCUGACUGGUCCAGCAGUAAGCAUGCUGACUGCACAGAGGGCAUGUGCAGCGAUGGCUGCCGGGCGCCUCAUUAGAGCUUCCGUUUCCUCAUCACACACACGCCGAUCUCUGAUCCACACUUCAGUGUCGUGUCAGGACCAGGUGGAGCUGCAUUCCGAGUGGGCCAGCCUGGCUAAGAAGCAGCUCAAGGGGAAGAACCCAGAAGAUCUGAUCUGGCGCACGCCUGAGGGAAUCAACAUCAAGCCCGUGUACACCAGAGCAGACACAGCAAAGAGUGCUGAUGAACUGCCAGGAGUGUUUCCCUACACUAGAGGGCCCUACCCCACCAUGUACACGUACAGACCGUGGACUAUCAGGCAGUACGCCGGCUUCAGCACUGUGGAGGAGAGCAACAAGUUCUAUAAAGACAACAUUAAAGCUGGACAGCAGGGUCUCUCUGUGGCCUUUGACCUCCCGACGCACCGCGGCUACGACUCGGACAACCCCAGAGUCCACGGAGACGUGGGCAUGGCUGGAGUGGCGAUAGACACGGUGGAGGACAUGAAGAUGCUCUUUGAUGGAAUCCCGCUGGAGAAGAUGUCGGUUUCAAUGACAAUGAACGGAGCAGUUAUCCCCGUGUUGGCCAUGUUCAUCGUGACCGGAGAGGAGCAGGGCGUGUCCAAAGCCAAACUGACCGGCACAAUCCAGAACGAUAUUUUGAAGGAGUUUAUGGUACGCAACACCUAUAUUUUCCCUCCAGAACCUUCCAUGCACGCCAUCGCAGACAUCUUUGCGUAUACCUCCAAGCACAUGCCUAAGUUCAACUCCAUAUCCAUCAGUGGCUACCAUCUCCAGGAGGCUGGAGCUGAUGCCAUCUUGGAAGUAGCCUACACCAUCGCGAACGGCCUGGAGUACUGCCGCACUGGCCUGAAAGCUGGUUUGACCAUCGAUGAGUUCGCCCCAAGGCUGUCGUUCUUCUGGGGCAUCGGGAUGAAUUUCUACAUGGAAAUUGCCAAGCUGAGGGCGGCCAGGAGGUUAUGGGCCACACUCAUUAAAGAGAAUUUCCAGCCCAAGAAUGCCAAGUCUCUCCUCCUGCGCACACACUGCCAGACUUCAGGCUGGUCUCUCACUGAACAGGAUCCGUACAACAACGUGAUCCGCACAGUGAUCGAAGGCAUGGCGGCCGUGUUCGGAGGGACCCAGUCGCUGCACACCAACUCCUUCGACGAAGCUCUGGGUUUGCCAACGGUGAAGAGCGCCCGCAUCGCCAGGAACACCCAGAUCAUCAUCCAGGAGGAGUCGGGCAUCCCCAAAGUGGCCGAUCCCUGGGGGGGCUCGCACAUGAUGGAGUCUCUCACAGACGACGUCUAUAACACAGCUUUGAAGUUCAUUAAAGACAUUGAGGACAUGGGGGGCAUGGCCAGGGCUGUGGCUGAGGGCAUCCCAAAACUUAAGAUUGAAGAAUGUGCUGCGCGUAGACAAGCCCGCAUUGAUUCAGGAUCGGAGGUCAUCGUCGGGGUGAACAAGUACCGUCUGGAAAAAGAGGAGACUGUGGAGGUGCUGGCCAUAGAUAACACCGUCGUACGUCAGAAGCAGAUUGAAAAACUGAAAAAGGUGAGGGAGACUCGUGACCCUGAGGUGGCAAACAAGUGCCUGGCAGCCAUUGAGGAGUGUGCCCAAACCAGGGAGGGCAACCUGUUAGCGCUGGCGGUGGAGGCAGCACGAGCCAGAUGCUCCGUUGGCGAAAUAACCGACGCCAUGAAGAAGGUGUUUGGUGAACACAAGGCCAGCACCAGGAUGGUGAGCGGCGCCUACCGCAGUGAGUUUGGAGAGCAUGAGGAGAUCGCCGUGGCCCACAGCAGAGUUACAGAUUUUAAGAAGCACGAAGGCAGGAAUCCUCGACUGCUGGUGGCCAAGAUGGGGCAGGACGGCCACGACAGAGGAGCCAAAGUCAUCGCCACAGGGUUCGCCGACCUCGGCUUUGAUGUAGACAUUGGGCCGUUGUUUCAGACUCCCCUGGAGGUCGCCCAGCAGGCCGUCGAUGCAGAUGUUCACUGCGUCGGGGUCAGCACGCUCGCUGCGGGACACAAGACCCUCGUCCCAGAGCUCAUCAAGGAGCUCCGGAAGCUCAACAGACCGGACAUCCUCGUCAUCUGUGGAGGUGUCAUCCCGCCACAGGACUACGAGUUCUUGUACCAGAGCGGCGUCUGCGCCAUCUUCGGACCGGGAACCAGGAUCCCGCAAGCUGCAGUGGAGGUUAUUGACAACAUUGAGAAGAGCCUGGAAAACAUACGGCAGGCCAUGUAAACACAAACAACAAAAACUACGUGUUUAUUUGUGACACAAAUGAGAGGCCACACUUCAGUAUGUUAUCUGUUUGAGCUGUACAGUGAGAAUGUAAAAGAGCAAAGUGUCAUUCCCCGCUGUGAGUUCACUGUCAGAGUGUUGCAUUGAAAUUUGACUCAUAGUUACUUUUAGUUUUAUUUUUCUCACAGUAUCACUCAAAAUCUACAGAUGCAGCGUCACACAUAACAGUAAAUGGGGAUUUAAUGAGCUGAUUUCCUCUUUGCAGCAGGCCUGUGUGUGAAUUGCAUUGAUUGGAAGGUUGAUAAUAUCCUGUAAAUAUCCCAGAAAUUCCAGAGUAUGAAAUACCCACACUUAAGCAAAAGCAUUAAACGUACACUGUAUUUGUUCAGAUUGUUAUGUGACAGAAAUUCAGCCUCAGAUAAGCAUUUUUUUUUUCACUGGACAACACUACAAACCCGCUCUGUUAUUGUGAAAUGUUUGUGGGUAAUUUACAAUUAUCCAGCAGGGCAGGAUUACUGUCAGUGUGGUGGACAUGGACCGUUAUCCCUGCCUCUUCUUUUCAUGGAUGUUAUCAUCCAGACAGUGGCCUUCUGAUCUCAUCAAUUUAAUUUAACCAGCUUGUGUUCAAGGACAAACACACAGAACACUGGUCGCAAUGUGUGAAGCAGUCGGAAAUAGUAUUUUUGUACUUGUUGUUCUGAAUCAGGUUUGAUCUCAAUAAAGUCUGUGAAUCUCAGAAA